CAUUUCAUAAGUCAUAUGUGACAUAAUAGAUAUAACCUAAAAUUGAAAAUUCUGAAUAUCAAUUCUCAAUUUUCCAGUUUUUAGGUAGUAGUUAAGAUAAACGAGUUAAAAUAAUAUAGCAAACAAAUACUUUAAUGAUUAUUCAGUAAAAAGACUUGACUAAAAAUGUCCUCUCUACUACGGUCGACCAAAUUCGUGCGGUAUUUCACUGGUGCGGCAAGAACCCUUAUACUUAACUCAGCUAAAACAGCAGAAACAAAUUCUCUGAUCAAUCCAAAAUCAAUAUGUGCUUCAAACAGUAUAAUUUUACGAGAUUAUGCUACUUCAAAGAAAACAGAAAGCCUUGAGCCUUUACUUCAAAGACUAGAUUCUGAAGUGAAAAGGUAUGGAAGGAUAUCAAAAAAAGACAUUGACGAAGUAUUUGAUGAGAUUCGGGCGAAAAACGAUAUUACGAGUUCGCAAUCAUUACUAGUAAUAAGGUGUUGCGGUGAACUUGUUCCUGAAGAACUUCCUGAGCAAAGAACUCUCUUGGUUCAGAAGAUAUGGAAUGUAUUAACAGAGAGGGGUAUCCCUAUGGAUGUCUCUCAUUACAAUGCACUCCUACGGGUCUAUUUGGAGAAUGAACACACAUUCUCUCCUGCCAAAUUUCUAGAAGAAAUGGAAAAGAAGGGUCUACAACCCAAUAGAGUUACAUACCAAAGAUUAAUGUGGCGGUAUUGUCAAGAAGGCGAUGUGGAAGGUGCAACUAAGGUUCUUGAGAAAAUGAGGGAACUUAAUAUGCCAGUAUCUGAACCUGUUCUUAAUGCCCUAGUCAUGGGCCAUGCAUUCCAUGGUGAUACUGAGGGGGCUAAGGCUGUGUUGGAAACUAUGGCUGGUGCAGGCCUUACACCCUCUAACCGUACCUAUACACUAUUAGCUUGUGGUUAUGCAAAACAGGGUGAUAUUGAAAAUGUCAAAAAAAUCAUUGCACUUGCUCAGGAUAAUGAAUCUAUGUUGGCAGAUAGGGAUCUGUUAGAGAUUAUUGAACAUAUGGCCAUUGGUGGACAUAAUGAUAAAGUAGAGGAAAUAUUCCCACAUUUACAUAAAAGUAUUGGUUACAAUCAAGAUGUCUGUAACCUAAUUUACAAACUUUUAAACAGAGAUUGUGAUAGUACGGCACAAAAAGUUAUGAAAACAAUGCCUAAGUCGUCAAAUGUUGAUGAGACCAUUUUCAAAGGAGCUUUCUAUGUAAAACACCUAGUAAAAUUAAACAGACCUGCUGAUUCUCUAAUUGCAUCUUGCAAAGAAUUACAAGAAGAAGGUUUGGUACCAAGAGCUCUUUAUAUUGCAACUGAAAUGUCACUACAGCUUGGACAUGUUGAAGUUGCACAGAAGUUAUUAAAGGAACUCCAAAAAGAAGGCUUUGAACUUCGACAACACUACUUCUGGCCUCUAUUAGUUCAAAAGGGCAAAGAAGGAGACGAGGAAGGGUUAUUACAAAUUUUACGCAAUAUGACAAGUGAAAACCUUACUCCUACUGGUGAAACUCUCAGAGAAUAUGUUAUUCCAUACCUUAUCAAGAAAGAUAGCCCUCAAAAUAUUAUUUUGAAAUUACAAAUAGCCAAUGUGCCAGUUUUCCAUGGUGCCAGAAAUUUGAUAGUAGAAUUGUUACGACUUACCCAAAUAAAGCAGGCAGCAGAUGUUGCACUUCAAUAUCAACCUAGAGGAGGCUUUUCGUUGUUAGCCCAGCCACUUACCAGCGCAUUGAGUAAGACUAAAGACAUUGACUCUUUUGUAAAAAUUCUUCAUGUUAUAAGUAAUAAUCCACAACUUCAAGCUGAGGAAGAUGCCACAGCAGAUGAUUCACCAAUUAAUAAUGAUAUAAGCGGUGAAGUGGGACGUAUAGUUAAAAAUGCUGUAAAAUAUUUAAAGGAGCCAAAGCUGACUGAAAAUCUUUUGCAAUCUGUGCUUGAUAAAGGACUUCGUAUUAGUGUCCAAUCUGCAGAAGAGAUUGAGCAAUACCUGGGCAAUCAAAUGACCAUGAAUAUUUCAAAAAUUUUAUCCAGUCUUACAUCUCCUCAUCUUGAAUAUGCUCCAUUAGAAUCAAUGAAAAUGACUAAAACAAAAUUAACAUCAGAAAAACUGGAAAGCUUAAUAGCCAACAACAAAGAAAAAGGAAACAAUACUGCAAAGCUGCAGAAGCAGUUACUCAUGACUUAUAUGGAUGAAAAUAAAAUCGAAAAGUUGGAUCAGUUCCUAGAAGAAUUAAAGGCUUCCAAUUUCGAAUUAACUAUGGUAACUCUUACCAGGCUUUAUGAGUUUUAUGCAGAUAAUGGACAAAUAGAAAAAGCUAAAAAUAUUGGAGAGUUAAUAAAAGAAAAGGAUCCCAAGUUUGUUAUUAAUAGAUACAAGAAAGUGACUAUGGCAACAGCACUUAUUAAGCACAAUAAAUAUGAUGAGGCUUUACAAUUUCUUAAAGAUAAUAAACCAGAAGAUGAUAUUAACUCAAACUUUGUCUUAAAUGCAAAAUGCUGGCAAAUGUUAAACACAUUAGCUGAAGAGAAGGAUGUAGCUAAGGUAAAAGAACUGACAGAAACACUCAUAAAUUACAACUAUGUUGCACCAUCAAAUGUGUUACUUGGCCCAAGUAUAAAGGUUCACAUCUUGAGAAAUGAUAUAGAUGGUGCAUUGAGUGAAUUUGAAAAUUGUUGCAAUCAAUAUAGGAGCACUCCAUGGAAAGGAGAAUUGAUGAAAACUCUUAUAUUGAAGGAAGAUGCUAAUAAGCUGCAAUGGCUGGCUGAUUUAAGUACACAGAUUCACGGUGAAAUAAAUAUUCUGCACGAUUUAGUAUUGGCAUUCGUUGAAUGUGGAAGAUUGAGACAAGCGCGCCGUAUAUUAGAAACGCCUGGUCUUCUCUCGCGGCAAAGAAGACUGAAUGACGCCUGUGAAAGAUAUGUUGAGGAAGGCAAAUCGGAAUAUCUUGAGGGAUUAUUAGAAGCUACAAAAGACUUGUCGAUUGUUGAUCGUUCAAAUAUAUUCUAUCAUUUACUUGUAACAUACUGCAAGGCAGACGAAACUGACAAAGCUAUAGGCUUGUGGACCGUACUACAAGAAGAGGGCGAAAUUCCAACUGACGAUUUUCUCAAUUAUCUUGGAAAUCACCUCAAAUCAAAAAACAUGGAUGUACCAUUCAUCAUACCACAACAAAGUAAUGUCCAACAAACCAAAAAAGAAAACCCCAUAAACAAAGUGGUUCAGCCUGCGAAACCCUCAAAAAAACAGGUUACAGUUGACAUAGAAAAAUUAGUGCAAACUGGUUUAUAUACACAAGCUAUGGAUUCAACCAUUAAAUCAAUAAAGAAUGGUUCAACGCCUAAGUCUAGCAUCUUGAAAUAUUUGCUUAAAAGCUUAGCUAUUGAGGGAAAUGUGGAGCAGAUUGAAAGAUUAGGCAAAUAUAUUGACAACUCAAUGCGUAAACUUAUUACUUAUGAUGAUAAGUUAACUCAAGCUAUUUUCAAGAAUGGUUCAGGGGAUCAACACCUAGACAAUUUGUUAGCUGAAAUUGAGGCAGCGAAUACUGAAGAAGAUUUGAAAAAUGCUUUAAUAAGAUACCCUCGGAGCUCAGCACUGGCGAGCGCUGUAAAUAGCCCCGUGUUAUCACAAAAAUGUCAGAAAAUCGCAGACAUUGCAGCAAGCAAAGGUAUAUAUUUGCCAGCAAACUUAUUGUGGAUGGAAUACUUACUAGCUGGAAAGACCACAGAAGCACAAGCGUUAUGGGAUACACAUUUAAAGAAGGCUGAAGUGGUUAUUUUUAGAAGAUUGCUUCAAGAGAGCCAUAUGCAACGUAAUGCUAAAUUAAUUGAAGAUUUAAUUCAUAAUUUAAAAACAAAUACAAAAUUACAACUUUCAACACUUGGGAAUGCAUAUUCAAGAUUAAUUAAUUUACAUAUAGUCGAUAAUAAAUUUAAUGAAGCAAAAGCAGUAUUAGAGGAUGCAUACAAAGCUGGUGUAACAAAUGAGCAUUUGAAUAAAACAUCUUUGCAAAGACUCAAGUCUGUUUUUGAGGCAAAUGGAAAACCAUUUGAGUAUUCCAUAUAAAUAUUGGUCUAAUGACAAUGUUUAUGAAUAACCUAAUUUGUCACCGUCUUAAUUUAAAGUAUGACUGUUGUAAUAAAAAUUGAAUUGAAUGUGAGCAUUUAAUUCAAUUGAAUUUGAGUCUAAAUAAAUGUUGUAUCAAUAGGAAACAACUGAAUUUAAAUUCUUACUUUAUUGUUAGCCAGAU